AUGGCGCACCAGCUCUCCGACAAGACGAAGAACGAGAUGGUGGCCGCUGUGAACGACAUCGAAGAUGGCCGUAUAAAGAUCCCGAACAACGUUCCGAAAAUCAUGGACUACGUCGCAAAACGAACACCAGAGCUUGGAGAAAACGUUGAUAAAGCCAUGGACAGACUCAUGGACAACAUGAACAAACUGACGUCAUCCACCAGGAAAGGCUUCAACAUG